GGCUAGAUCUAUGUAGAACCGUUUCUAAAGGAGUAAACGGCUAAAGUGAAUUAAAGCAAUCAUGUCACGAACUUCGGAUUCAUCAAAGGAGGCAAAAUGUUACAGUGAGAAAGAAAAAGAACCAAAAUGUCGUACUAUCAUGUGGUCAGUGCCCCGGUCUGUCUCGACCGCCUUGACCAAAUGCAUCGCCGCCGGAGUUCCGGGGGACAGUGCGGUGUGGUUCGAGCCAUUCUCGUACUGCAGGGCAAUCUCAAUCAUCGCUUCAGCCAAGCACAAUAUUCCGUUACCGCUCGAGUAUGAGGGAAAUGAAAAGAUAUUCGAGCAAGCAGCAGCCGUGGUUGGGAAUAUGUAUUCGUGCGAGGUUCAUCCAGAACGCCUUGCGUAUGGAUCCAUCAAACGUCUCCUGGAAAGCGCUGCAAGCCCCUGCAUAUUUGUGAAGGAUCUGGCCCAAGCCAUGAACAAAGAAAGGCUCCAAUACCUCCCUCAAGGGUACAAACACGUGUUCCUGAUUCGCCACCCCCUCCGAGUCUUUCACUCCUUUCGCAAGAUCGCAUUUGCAAAUACCGCCAAGUUUGCCUCUGAGGGAGACUCGUCCAAACCAACCAUUAGUGAGGACAACUUUGACAUCGAAAAAGAUUACGUCAUGUUUGAUAGUGCUGGGUUGUAUUUCCGGGGCAUUCACGAAACUUGGAAAUACGUGAAGGAAAACUUUGAAGGUGACCCAAUCGUGAUGGAUGGAGAUGAUUUGUUGGCGAAGCCUGCCGAAAUGAUUCCAAAGUUCUGUGAAGCGAUAGGGUUGUCGUACAAUAAAACCAUGCUGGAGUGGAGCUCAUCUGCGGACAUGGUGAAGAAAUGGGUUCACCCUGCUGAAGGCUUGGUGGACGAAUUGAGGUACAUCUACGGCAGAGCUUUGACGAGCAGUGAAUUUGCUCCAGCCAAUCCCAUGCCUAGUCGAGAUCAGGUGACCCCUGAUGUCAUCAGGCUGACUGAUCAGGUGAUGAAGUUUUAUGAAGAGAUGUAUGAAUCAAGAAUGAAAGUAUGACUAAUAUGAGGAUCCUAUGAAUUCCUUUCCUCUGUAUCACAUUCUUUAUCUUUCUCAGGAACAUUGGGUGAUAUAAAAAAUGGUGCUGAGUCU